GUUACAUGACGUGGCCACGCCUCUCCUUUUGGGCUUUACGUUGUGCGCUCGUGCACGUUUGACACUUGAAACACACACUGCUGAACCAACAUGUCUCUUGGAAAAGCUGCCCGGAGUUUAGUGAAGCCGCUCCGAGGGGUCCUGCGGCCCUCAACCCCGGCUCUGAACCGGAGCUACGCCGCCGUCGCUGAAGCCAGAGCGGUGCUGGAGGGCGAGCUCGACGGUAUCCGAGCGGCGGGGACGUGGAAGGCUGAGAGGAUAAUCACGUCGAAGCAGGGACCUCAGAUCAACGUGGACGGCAGCCAGAGCAGUGAGUGGCUGAAAUCAACAGCGUUUACAAUAACAGUCGAGAUAAUGACAGCUGGGGGUCCGUGAAUGCACCAUGACGAUGAACUUCUACAUAUGGAAAGAUUGUUUAGGAUUUUCUUUGACGCUAUGCUGCAAAGUUAUCUUGUUAUGACUCCACUACUGUUUGCUCAAGUCACCUAAGGUUACCAGAGGACGAGGGCUGACUGGCUUGAUUGAAUCCUGUCCAAAACACAGUUUAUCAUUUAAUAAUCUGACUCAAAAAGGCCUAGUAUUAUUGUGAUCUUGGUUUAUUUCUUUUAAGAUGUCUACAGUUGUUUUAGUAAGAAGCCCUAAUGUCCCUUUUUCUUAUUAUGUGUGGUUAUCCUUUGGGAACAAUUAAUUAUCUUGUCAGAAAUUAUCAAGUCAGUAGUUCGAAAAAGAACCAACAUUUGAGUUAACGAUCAUUCAUGUAGGUUUCAUAAUAAAGGGGAAAAAGGAAGUAUGUUAUUCAGACCUGUAGUAGAGUCAGAAGUGUUUGCUUAUGGGUCAAUGUAAAAAAAAAUAUACUAUCUAUGUCUAGUAUCUCUCUAAUAUAUGGAGCCACUUCAACUUUUCAAAAAUCAGGAGUUUUUUUUUGUCAUUUUUAUGAACUUCAAAGGGUCAAAAUAUCAUGUGGUGCGACCGUCCAGCCAUGACUUCUGUUUUGAAAACUUCUUUGAAAUGACUCUAAAUCUAUUACAAUGUAGUUUCUGCAAUAUUCGGCAUAAUUUUGAAAAUGUUUUUUAUUCCUGUACAAAAUUGCAAAGCUUUUGCAGUUAUAUUUUUUUCAUAAUAUUCAAACGAAUUUUGUCCGAUCGUGUCCAUUUAAUUAAAUAUCACGUGGUGCGACCAUCAAAAAAUGACAAUUUUUGACACUGCUGACAUAUGCUGAAAUCUACUCAAGGACAGGAUGUUGCAUUAUUCACUUUUUUGUCAUAGAGCUAUGGAAGCAGAAAGAGGGUUGGUGGCUCUCUCAUUUCUUUAGAAAAAGAAAUGACCUUUUCAACUGCUGUAAUGGUGUUGCCACUUUUCGAUGUCAUGUGGUAUGACCUCAAAAAAAACCAAUAUGUACAAUAGAUAUGAAAUAUGAAAUAGAAAAGAAAUAUGUACAAAUAAAAUCUUCCAGUAAACCAGCUAACCACUUGGACAGAUGUUUUUAGAUUAAUUUUUAUUUGCGCCCACCUACUCUUUUCCCCACUGCUGUUGUAUCUGAAAUAAUGAGGUCAAUGAUGGAGGUGAUCACACACGCUGCAUGACAACAUAUUAGGGGGCCAUAUAUUUAUGAACGUACAAAUAUAAUUUACACAAUCGAUAAUUUUUGUUGCCAGCAGUCCCUCCGGCUUUCAGCGGCUGCAGCUGUCCUGCUCCUCACUGAUAUAAUGUUGCGGUACUCUAGCCUUCUCCAUUGUGGAGAUUGGUCCAGUGGCACUGACCCCACCCCCUUUGGGUGUGCAUGCACACAUCUAGACUGGCCACAACUGAAUUAAGUUAGCUAGUUGAUAUCCUGCCUUGUAGUACAGCUGAUCGGGGUUACGGAGAUCUGGUGAAGUUGAGCAAGUUGUGGCAGAGUUAUCCUGGGUGUGUUAAUCCAGCUUCAAAGUGCAGGCCUCUGGACCACAUACACAAACACACACAGAGUUAAAUUUUUGUAAAAAAGGGAAAUAAAAUGUUUGUGUUCAUGUUUGAAAUGUUAAUAAAAUUUGGUUUUAAUAUAAAAUUUGUAUGAAAUUAAUUAUUCAUAGGUCUCUUUAAAUUGAUUUUUAAUGAUACAAGGUCUUCAGGUCAUUUGGCGCGACCACCAAUCAUGUGGUGCGACCAAUAAUAACAUUAAUUAUAUCAAAUACAAACUAAAAUAUCUCAUUUCUGUAACUGAGACAUUAAUACCUGUUACAAUAUGCUUACAUUAAAGCUAUUUACAAAAACUCAAAUAAAAUGCAAAAGCUUUGUUCCUAUGUUCUUGAUAUUACCGACAAUUUGUUAAAAACUAUAGAGUAUGUUGAAAAUAUGUAAUAAUUUUGAGAUAAAUGAUGGUUGCACCACAUGACAUUUUUUAAGGCUACGGGCAAUUCAUCUAUAUGAAAAAACACUAAAAUUGCCUCAUUUAAAAAUUAAACUUUAAUUUUUGUAUACAUAACAUCCUUAGUGUUUGAACUGUUGCAAAAGAUAUUCUUAUUUUUGGUAUUUUAAAAUUGGCAUGUUGAAAAACCUUAUAUGUCAUUGACCCUUAUCUUUCACCCGUUUGCUGUCCUGCAAAGAGCCAGUGUUUACUCUGCAGGAUGAACUUUUGCCAAAAAUCGACUCCACUGAUUUAUGAAUGGUCCUUUGACUUCAGGCCGUGACCUCUCAUUUGUGAAAGUGACUUUGUUUUGAUUCAACUGAAUAGAAACCACAAAAUCCCAUGCAUUGUUUUCCUUGUAUUCUUUGCUUAGUUGUCUUUUUUCAUUUGCACCUUCUGCAGAAAAGACGACAUAUUUGAAAUGGAAAGAGCAGUGCAAUAGCUUCACACAUUGACCUUUUUUUUUUUUUUUUGAGGUGUCAUGUUCUCUAUCUGCCUGUGUGCCCCUUUCAGGCAUAUUGAAUUUCUGCGCCAACAACUACCUUGGACUGUCCAGUCAUCCUGAGGUGGUGCAGGCAGGGAUUGAUGCUCUUAAAACUUACGGUGCUGGACUGAGCUCUGUUCGAUUUAUCUGUGGCACACAGGUACAGUGGUGUAUAAUCAAAACAUUCACAUGUAUAACAACACAUGCAUGGCUGUGAAUUAGGAUUCACUCUGUUUUUGCAGGAUCUACACAAGAAUCUGGAGCGGAAGUUAGCAGAGUUUCAUGAGAGGGAGGACUGCAUCCUUUAUGCAAGCUGUUUUGAUGCCAAUGCUGGACUGUUUGAGGUUCGUCACCCUCCAUAUCUUAAUCUGGCUGUAAUAAGAAGAGGCAGGACUCCUCUGUUGUGAUUAAUUAAGUAUCGUAUUGCUGUGAAUAUCAGGUGCUGAUGGGCCCAGAUGAUGCUGUGCUGUCUGAUGAGCUGAACCACGCCUCCAUCAUCGAUGGGAUCCGUCUGUGUCGAGCAAAGAGGCUGCGUUACAAACAUAUGGACCUGGGUGAUCUGGAGAACAAGCUCAAAGAGUCUCAGGUGUGUGUGUGGGUGGAACUCUUCCUACACUAUAGUAACACUGAAGGAGAAGCUUUACAUGAAAACAUACAGAAUUUUAUGUAGCAGAUAUUGUGAUACAGAAUUUCUAUUCUGCUGAAGCAAUUGGCUGAUUUUACAUUAUUUCACUUUUUACAAUGCUAGAUCUAAUGAUGGGGCCAGGUGAGUGAUGGCUCCACUGAUCACAUGACUCUUGUUCUUUCCUCCUCAGUCUUCUCGUAUGCGCCUCGUAGUGACAGAUGGCGUCUUCUCUAUGGACGGGGACGUGGCUCCACUAACAGGAAUCUGUGACCUGGCUGAGCGGUAUGGAGCCAUGGUGUUUAUUGAUGAAUGUCACGCCACCGGGUUCCUGGGGCCCCGAGGCAGGUGAGUGAGACUGUGAUUGACUUAAAAAGUCCAAAGUGUGUUCUGUUAUUGAAUAGCACUCUACGGAUAUGCUUUUAGUUUAUUAGGCUCUCUUUGUGUUUAAAGUAUUACAAAUAAAUUAUUUCCUUACCAGCGCCGUAUUUUGAGUUGUUGAGUAAUUUAGAAACAUCAGCGAUCAUGUCUUUUGUUGGCAUCACCAGUAGAUGUCACCAAAGUAGAAGCUCUUUAAUAUGAGAGUUCUCAUGUUACUGUCUGAAGUGAUGCAAUAACUCUCUGUUAUUGGCAGAGGAACAGACGAGCUGCUGGGAGUGAUGGACCGAGUUCACAUUGUUAACUCCACCCUGGGGAAAGCUCUGGGAGGAGCAGCGGGUACGUCUCCAUCGACAGUUUUGAUGCUGAUCAAUAUCCGAGAAGAAACCUUUUCAGUAAACAUGUGCUCAAGACAAGAUUUACCGUAGUAAACAUGUAAACUCUCAGUGCAGAAACUAUGCUUUGCAUCUGUACAUUUCACUUGCCGGGUGCAUCAGACUUUGCUCAGUUUGAAUGUGGUCCUGAUCUUGAAUGGGAUUUACACUGCUAUGCUAAACCACCUCUGGAUGUAUCUUCAUUCAGUAAUUACCACUGAACAAAAGCAAGAGCAGUAUCCAACUUAUUGACUAACUAUGCCCCAAAAUGAGCAAGUACACAACCUAAAAAAAAAGUAAUGAAUAUUCUUAGAUGUGCCAUUAUGAUAUUAAAAGUUAGAUAUUAUUUAUCAAUCCCAAAUCCCAUUUUGUUUGUCUAAUUUUUGUCUUUCAGGUGGUUACACAGUCGGCCCAAAGCCGCUCAUUGACCUGCUGAGGCAGCGCUCUAGACCCUACCUGUUCUCAAACUCCCUGCCCCCUCCUGUGGUGGGCUGUGCCACCAAGGCUGUGGAGCUCCUGCUCGCUUCCAGCGAGAUCGCUGAGAGCAUGACGGCCAAAACGAUGAGGUGAAUUUCUUUAUAUUGACAGAGAUUUUCUCAAGAGCAAUAUGACCUCCUGGUUUUCUCUGAACAGCUUUUUUAAAAUUUUUCCUCUGGCUGCUGAAUUAGGCUCAGUACGGAGGUCAGUAAUGUAUUUUAAUGCCCUUUUAUUAAUUAUGUUUUUUUCAUUAACAAAAGGAAACCGUUUUAGCCAAAUAAUAGAUAAUAGAUUGCAAACAGGUGGUAAUGCAAAUUAGAAUCCUGACAGGAUGAGCAGGACCCUUACACUAAGGAGUGCGGUCUUGCCUUGAUCAGGUUUUGCUGUUAAGAAUGAACCACCGUUGUCAUAUUUUCACCAAUCAGGUACAAGUAUUUAACACAGCUUGGUAAAGAGUAAAAAUGUGGACAAAUAAUAGAUAUUUAACAGCAAACAUAGAGGAUAUAAAAAGGUUGAAACAGCCUUGUCUAGGUGUUGGUUAUCAAAUGAGCUCUUAUUAAUUAUUCUGAAUGUGCAGGUGGAACUGAUGCUUUUCCCAUCUUACUUACUAACCUUGCUCAGUGACGCCCACAUGCAAGCCUCAAGCCAUAUAUUUGCACUGAUAAAGAUGUGUGCCUGAUUGUAAAAACAGUAAAUACAGAGCUUAUUUUUGGAGAUGAUCCUGUUUAUCUUCUCUAAACCCUCCACAGUUUUAUGUGGGUUGUAUAUUCAUGCUUACUCUGCUUCUCUAUGUAUUUGUGACAGUUUUUUUUUUGUCUCCACUGUUCACUCAGGUUCAGGAACAAGAUGACACAGGCCGGCUUCACCAUCGCAGGCUCUGCUCACCCGAUCUGUCCUGUGAUGCUCGGAGACGCACGGCUGGCCUCUGUGAUGGCCGACGAUAUGCUUAAACUGGGUGAGCCACAUCAGAAAAAUCAGCUAUAAGAGGAAGAUUACGCUGAAUAACAAACAUAAAACACUUGGACAGAAAAAAUGCUAUGUAAAUGAACCGUCUUUUCUGCAACAAAAAAUGAAUUUCUCACACUAUAAUACAUCUUUUCCCUCCUCAGGAGUGUAUGUGAUCGGAUUCUCCUAUCCAGUCGUCCCUAAGGGCAAAGCCAGGAUCCGCGUUCAGAUCUCAGCUGCCCACACAGACAAAGAUAUCGACCACUGCGUUGAUGCUUUCAUACAGACCGGCAAAAAGCACGGGGUCAUCUCCUGAAAACGACACGGAGAGAAGAUUAUGAAAUUUGCUGCAACCAGUAUGAAAUACUGAACAGUGGACGCUUGCUCUUGCAGAUCACAAAGCCUGUAACUCAAGACCCAUGAGUGCUUUGGAUGGAAUUGUUAGUUACAUAUGUAGGUCAAGGGAGGUAAUGUUAUUUUUUGUGUUUUGAAUAAAGCUCAUUUGCUAACAUGUGAUGGUGUACAUACUUGAAGAAAAAAGGCUCUUAGAAUUUUGGAUGAGGGAUACAUGUGGAGCUAAUAGUGUUGCAAAAGCAACAAGACCUAACAGAAGUGAUGGGAGUGUGAUACUGAAGCUCCUAAGCUUGUAUUGCUUGAAUAAAUCACACAGAUUCACUCUUAAGUAUCAGAGCUAGUGUCAAAGAUGGAACAUUAGGUGAUGUCUGAAGCUUCAAACUUCACCAGCACUUCAAAAAGUCGUCAGUCAGUUUGACCAAUUCUGACUUACAUGCAGAGGUGGGAAUUAUGGAGUCAGCAAGUCAUCUCUAUGCCAUGUAUUUGUUCUGCUCAGUUACUGAACCAGGUGCCUUCACUAAUGAGCUCACCUUCCUGGCUGCUCAUUGGAAGCAGCUGGUUCAGUGACAGAGCAGAACAAAUACAUGGCAAGGAGAUGACUUGCUGACUCCACAAUUCCGACCUCUGCUUACAUGACUCACAUUUAAACAGUGUAACAAAAAGAUGGAAAGAAAGUAGGCUACUUAUGUUAACUUUUAUUAUCAGUUUGAUACCUUCACAGUUCGCUCGAGCUUUACUUAAGCCUACUUUACUCUCACUGCUUUACUUAAAUCUGCUUCAGUUAAAGUUACUGCAUUUUGUCAUUAGUAAAAACUCCACAGGCCUUGUAUUCCUGCCUGUAUUUUGGCUCAACCUGUCAAUGUUUUUGUAUGCAAUUUACAACUCCAAUAUCAGAUACCAGCUUGUAUUUGAUUAUCUGCUCUUUGGAGUAAUGAUAAAGGUGUACCUCUAUGAAGAAGCUGAGACACUUUUCUCAUUUUAUGUGAUUAAUUUCUUUGUCUACUAGCAUGUAUUAGCUGUAUGCAGUUUAUUUGGUAAAAUAAAAAAGUAUUAUGAAGGUA